UCAAACAAGUUGCACACUUCCUCACUGAGAGCCUUCUGUGAGCACGGCAAUAAAGUAAAGUCAGGCCUGAUUGGAUGAUUGGACUCAAGAGGACAGAGAAUGGACCUUCAGGGCGAGAAGAUGGUUCUGAUGCGGGAAGGUUUUGAUGACAACACGAGGAUUUGAUGAUACUGAGACAAGCUGUGAAACUUUUCUGAGGUGCCCAGCAGAGCGAGGCAGAAGGUGGGUGUUCACGUUGAGUGAAUGGGACAGGAGAGCUGGAGCCAAAUGAACGGGUCAGGGAUGAGCAUCAGCCCAGCAAUGGCACCACAGUCUCAGGGGCCGAGCAGCAGUCCACCAGCAUCCUCCAUCUCUCCUAAGAAGACCACCUUUCAGUCUUUGGGAUCUAUUCCAUCUGGGAUGUUUUCCCCUUCAUUGCCUAAGCGGCCCCUCGGUGAGGCCAAGCAGGCCUCAGGACCCCUGAAUUCACCCUCCCACUCCAUUAUGAGCUCGCCAAAGCUUUGGCAGAAAGCAUCCGUCUCCAGACUGGCAGAGGAGUUUUUCUGGAUUGGUGGCAGCAUAGUUGCACAGCCCAAAUGGAGACUGGGUCAGAUAGUGGAGAGAUGUAUGUGCACCAUGCAGACCGGCACUCAGAUGACCAAGCUGAAGGGGAAGAAAAAAGGACUGGUCCGCUUUUUUUACCUGGAUGAGCACAAGUCCUGCAUCCGCUGGCGGCCUUCCAAAAAGCACGACAAAGCCAAAAUUUCUAUUGAUUCCAUCCACGAAGUUUGUGAGGGGAAAAAGUCUGAGAUCUUCAGACGGUACGCAGAAAAUCGUUUCAACCCAAACUGUUGCUUCAGUAUUUAUUAUGGAGCUCGAGUGAAGUCCCUGGACCUGGUCUCCACCAACGCAGAGGACGCUCGCACCUGGAUCACUGGGCUGAAGUACCUGAUGGCUGGAAUCAGUGAUGAAGACAGUUUGGCCCGCAGGCAGCGCACCCGUGACCAGUGGUUACGGCAGACUUUCUCUGAGGCUGACAAAAACGGAGAUGGCACCUUGAGCAUCGGAGAGGUUCACCAGCUGCUCCACAAACUCAAUGUGAAUUUACCCAAACAGAAAGUCAGAGACAUGUUUCAAGAAGCAGACACGGAUGAGAUUCAGGGCUCUCUGACCUUUGAUGAAUUCUGCUCCUUCUAUAAGAUGAUUUCCACCCGCAGAGACCUCUACCUGAUUUUGAUCUCCUACAGCAAUCAGAAAGAAGUACUGGAUCUCCAGGACCUUGCACGCUUUCUGGAAAAUGAGCAAAAGAUGCGAAAUCUGACCAGGGAGCAUCUAAUUGACAUUGUUGCCAAGUUUGAGCCAUGUCCUGAGAACCUUCAACGCAUGGUGCUGGGUAUUGAUGGUUUCACCAACUACAUGAGAAGUCCUGCUGGGGAUAUUUUCAACCCUGAGCACAACCAGGUCAACCAGGACAUGACGCAGCCUCUCUGUAAUUACUUUAUUGCUACAUCUCACAACACCUACCUGACUGGAGACCAGCUGCUUUCUCAGUCACGGGUGGAAAUGUAUGCUUAUGUUCUGCAGGCAGGCUGUCGCUGUGUGGAGGUGGACUGCUGGGAUGGACCAGACGGAGAACCCAUCAUCCAUCAUGGCUACACGUUGACGUCCAAAAUUCUCUUCAAAGACGUUGUCGAAACAAUCAACAAAUACGCCUUCACAAAGUCACAGUACCCAGUGAUCUUGUCGAUAGAGAACCACUGCACUGUGCCUCAGCAGAAAAAGAUGGCCGAGUAUCUGAAAGAGGUGCUGCAGGACAAGUUGGACCUGUCCAGUGUCGAUGUGCACGAAUGCAAGAAGCUGCCUUCGCCUGAGAUCCUGAAAGGGAAGAUUUUGGUCAAGGGAAAGAAACUGCCUGCAAACCUUGAUCCUGAUGCAGAGGAGGGUGAUGUGUCUGAUGAAGACACUGGAGAUGAGGAGGAAGAGGAGGACAUUGAAGACAACAACCAACAGGAAGGGGAUAAUGUCGUGCCAUUGCCUGCGCCCAAAAAGAAAAGACGAUUCGGCAGAUCAAUUAUGAGGAGUUUCAAAAGAAAGAGGAAAAGGAGAACACGGAUGAAGAACAAGGCCCUGUCUGAUGGUGACUCUGACUACAGUGGCAGCCGGGAGAGGACUCAAAUUGUUUACCACCCCAAAAAAAGGAAAACAAUGAGACUGUCUAGAGCACUGUCUGACCUGGUCAAGUACACAAAGUCUGUUCGUAUACAUGAGAUAGAAACACAAGGCUUUGCGAGCAGCUGGCAGGUGUCAUCUCUAAAUGAGACCGUAAUGAACCAGAUUUUACAGCUGAAACCGAGUGAGUUGGUGCGUUUGAACCAGCGCCAGCUUCUGAGAGUCUAUCCGUCAAACUUCAGAGUGGAUUCUAGCAACUUCAACCCACAGAUGUACUGGAAUGCAGGAUGCCAUAUGGUUGCAAUGAAUUACCAAACAGAAGGUCCUAUGCUUGAAUUGUACCGGGCCAAGUUCUCAAGCAAUGGAAACUGUGGCUACAUUCUGAGGCCUAAGUUCAUAUGUAAAGGUGCCUUUAACCCAUUGCAGGAGGAUCCUCUACCAGGACACAAAAAAACUCAGCUGAUUCUGAAGAUUAUUAGUGGGCAGCAGCUUCCCAAACCCAAAGACUCCAUGUUUGGAGACAGAGGAGAGAUAAUUGAUCCSUUUGUUGAAGUUGAGAUUGUUGGCCUGCCUGUUGAUUGUUCCAAGCAGCAGACCMGAGUAGUGGAUGACAAUGGUUUUAACCCAAUGUGGGAGGAGACCCUUGUCUUCAACAUUCAAAUGCCACAAAUAGCCCUUGUGAGAUUCCAAGUGUGGGAUCACGAUCCGAUUGGACGAGAUUUUAUUGGACAGAGGACUGUGGCUUUCAACAGCAUGAUGCCAGGUUAUCGACACGUCUACUUGGAUGGAAUGACAGAAGCAUCCAUCUUUGUUCACGUUGCUAUUAAUGAUCUGCCAGGAAAGAUGAAACCUGCUAAUGCCGUGCAAGCAGCCAGAAAACACAUCCAAAAAGCAGCUCAGAAGCAUAUGAAGGGCCACCAAAGACGUCCAUCACUAGAAGUCUCUGUCCAGUCCUCAGAGGAUGGACGUUCUCUGUUCUUCCACAAGGAUGUGGACAGCAUGUCACAGGACAGUAAGAAUGGGGAAAUGUCUUUGGUGGCACAAGGGCCAGCAGCCAGAGCUGCUGUCCACAGAGGAGCCAUGAGCGAGCCAGUGAGACGAGCUCACAGGGUUAAGAUUCAUGAACCGCCAGAGACGAGGAGAGGCCUCUUCAGCCGGAUGUCCUCCACUGACUCGAACCACGGCGGGGCGGCUCCCUGCAUGAAAGAGGAAAACUUUGACCCCGACACCCCUUCCCAGCUCCCUCAUWCUGAGAAUCCUGCUCCCGACAGCCAGAAUCAAAUGGAUCAAAAGGUUUUGGGAAAUGAACCAUCACAGUUGAACUGUACUGAGCUGCAGAUGGGAAAAGGGUUCAAACCACAACAGAUACCAGAGGAAGCAGAAGCAGAGCCAGAUGAGGAGGUUUUUAGUGAACUUGAACAGCCUGAAGCUCAGAGCCAGACCGAUUCUGUCCUCCAGUCUCAGCUGGUGCCACCGUCUGAAGCCAAACUUGUAAUGCUUAUUCCCCCACCGACCCCUGCCAGGGUCAGGCGGGCCUUAGAGGCCCCUCCACACACCACUCACUUCCUACCACAAUUUGAAGCCAAACCCUCAACACUCAUCCCCCCAUCAUCACCUGCCAGAGUCAGACGGACUUUAGAAGCCCCUCCUCACGUCUUACCGUCCACCCCGAUACGGACCAAAGCCCGCUCGUGCAGUUGCCCCAGAAAGCAGAUCACGUCGCCACAGACACCAGCGGUGAAUCGCAAACCUGCCUUCCACUGGCAGACACAGCGAGAACAGAACUGCAGCACCAGAGUGAGACGCAUCCCCAACGGCCUCUGCCUGUCUGACAGCACAUCCAGCUCUGGCGACGGCAGCACCGACAGCCUGGAGUUUGUUCCUGCCUGCACGCCGGCCGGGCCAGAGCAACGAGAGGGCACCCUGCAGAGGGAGAUGAAGGCCCUGUUUGACCAGAAGAUGAGAGACAUCCGCUGUAAAUCACCACUUUUUCUAGACGACUUCAGCUUUGAUUCGUAAUACCAAGGCCCUUCAGAAGAGGAAGGAAAUUAAAACACAUUCAAAGGAAGAGGCGGGGGAUAAAGAAGGGAGUAAAUCAGAAACAGUUUAUUUAUUGUUUAGCACAGCUGGAAUGUUUACAGUCAAUAUUUGAAACUCAUAAAAUGAUUUGAUGCUGCUGCCAACUGUACAAAGAGCUUUAGGGAAAAUUAACAUUUUAGUAGAUGACUAAAAAUAUGAGAUUUUUUGUCUUUUUUUUCAGAUAUGAAA